AUGAUCUUGACCCGGAGAAGAGGUUAUUUUGUUCCGACCACGGUCCUUAUUUUCGUCAUCUAUUUCCUUUUCACGAGUCUACCAGACACGCCGUAUGACGAUGACGAUGACUACAUCCCCCCACCACCCCAGCACGAUCCCCCUCGAAUCCACUGGACCAAACAACCGGAGAGACAUCCAGUACCUGAGUAUAUACCUCUCCCAACGGGUGCUCCAUCCCCGAUUCCACGUAUCCAGUAUAACUUCCCUAAAGAAUCGUGGUUUGACCGGCGAGAAAGGGUGAAGAGACAAAGUGCGGUCAAAGAUGCAUUCAAGCAUGGCUGGAAAAGUUAUACGAAACAUGCCUGGCUGCAAGAUGAGCUAUCACCUAUCAGUGGAGGCACUAGAGAGUCUUUUGCUGGCUGGGCAGCUACCUUGGUUGACUCCCUCGAUUCUCUCUACAUUAUGGGCAUGACCGAUGAGUUCGAAAAGGCUCUCAAGGCACUCGAUCGCAUCGAUUUUAGCACAACACAUGCCUUGCAGAUCAAUGUAUUCGAGACGAUCAUUCGGUAUCUGGGAGGAUUCUUGGCUUCGUAUGACUUGACCGAGGGAAAAUAUCCGAUUCUUUUGAAGAAGGCAGUCGAGGUUGCCGACUUCCUCUACGGCGCAUUCGAUACUCGCAACAGAAUGCCCCAGGCUCGUUGGCAAUGGACCAGAUCCGCCGAAGGAUUUCCCAUUCAGCCAAGUCAUAAUACUAUCCUAGCUGAGCUGGGUUCUUUGAAUCUGGAGUUCACCCGGCUGUCUCAACUGACCAAGGAUAACAAGUACUUUGAUGCCGCUCAAAGAGUCAUGAACCAAAUGGAGGAGGCUCAAAAGAAGACAAAAAUUCCUGGCCUGUGGCCAAUGAUGGUGGACGCUGAAAACAUGGAAUUUACAGACCCUCGAUUCACAGUUGGUGGCAUGGCCGAUUCCAUGUACGAGUACCUCCCCAAGCAACACAUUAUCUUGGGAGCGCAGACGGACCAAUACCGGAGGAUGUACGCUGCCGCCAUCGAGCCGAUUAAGGAGCGCUUGCUUUUCCGCCCCAUGACCAAGGAUAACCGCGAUAUUUUAAUUGCUGGAAAUGCCCGCUCAGGUUUUACAUCUGGCAAGUCAGCACCGGAGCCCCAGGGGGAGCAUCUCAAGUGCUUCAUUGGAGGCAUGGUGGGCGUUGGAGCCAAGGUAUUCAAUCGACCCGAGGAACUAUCCACUGCACGAAAAUUAGUAGAUGGCUGCGUCUGGGCAUAUGACAUUAUGCCCACUGGCAUCAUGCCCGAGAUCUUUUCAGCUAGUCCGUGUGAAAAAAAGGAUGUUUGCAACUGGGAUGAAGAGAAGUGGCACCGUGACUUGUAUUUCCAGCUGGGCCACGGCACGGCUGAGGAUCUCACCAGAGAUGCCAAGGCACUCAUCAAAAAGCAUGGACUUCAACCUGGCUUGACUGCCAUUUCUGACGCUAAUUAUAAGUUGAGACCGGAAGCCAUUGAAUCUGUCUUCAUCAUGUACCGAAUGACGGGUGAUAAGUCCCUCCAAGACGACGCAUGGCGGAUGUUCCAAAACAUCGAGAAGAUCACCCGAACGGAAUACGCUCAUGCGGUAAUUGCUGAUGUGAGAGAUCCAAACACUGCCCAGUCGGACAUCAUGGAGAGUUACUGGUUCGCCGAGACCCUCAAGUAUUUCUACCUCAUAUUCUCCGAACCCGACGUUGUCAGUUUGGACGAGUAUGUACUGAACACCGAAGCCCAUCCAUUUAAGCGUCCAGAUGCAUGA